UCCAGGACCAGACCUAAAGCUUCAGUGUUGGUAUUGGGGGAACUGGCAUUAGGGAAAGUUUUUCAGGUACUUGUUGGAAGGGUAUUAAUUGAGAUAUACUUUCUUUUCUUUGCAGCAAAAUUCUGCAUCCAAGUCAAUCCCAGAUUCUUGACCCAAAAUGAGAGACUCUUUUAUCUCCCUAUAUCUUUUUUUGACCGUGUUUUCACUAUUUGUGUUGCCUUCUUUGGGACUAAAAAGACUCCACUUGGGAAGCUGUGUACUGUCCAUGAACUUUCAGGAAAUAAGGAAUGAAUUUUCGGAGAUCAGAGGCUUUGUGCAAGCUGAAGAUGAACAUUGGGACAACAGAAUCUUGAAGAAUUCAGAGGCUUUGCAAGAUAUAAAGCCCACAGAGAGAUGCUGUUUUUUCCGCCAUUUAUUGAGGUUUUACCUAGACAAGGUGUUCAAAAACUACCAGCCAUCCAGUCCUCACAUUCGCCGGAAGGUCAGCAGCAUCGCCAACUCCUUUCUUGGAAUCAAGAAGGAGCUUCGGCUCUGUCAUGACCAAAUGACAUGCCACUGUGGGGAGGAAGCAAAGGAGAAAUACAUGCAAAUUCUGAGUCACUUUGAGGAGCUAGAUGAUCAGAAGGCUGUGAUCAAGGCCCUGGGAGAGCUGGACAUCCUCCUGAGAUGGAUAGAAAGGACUAAAUAAGAAGAAAAAAAAAA